GCGGGGCGGGGCGGGGCGGGGCGGGGGCGGGGUCCCCUGGGCGCCCCGAGUGCGGCUUGAUUCGCCCUCAGAAGUCACUGCCCUCGAUCGGGCGCUCCUUCCAGGACGCGCCUCCCGGGGUACCUGCCCCUGCCCAGCCUGCAGGGCCCCCAGGCGCGAGUCUCUCUGCUGGGAAAAGGCGGCCGUCCCCCGCCUCCCGCAGGGGAAGCGACGUAGACGGGGCCUCGCGUCCUCCCCGCGCGCCCCGCCCCAGAGCCCGCGCGGCCGUGUUGCACUUUCCCCGGUUCCCACCCAAAGCGCCUGCUGCCCUCGCCUGGGACGCCGCCUGCCCGGCUCCUCCGGCGCCCAGGCGGCCAUCGCUGGGGGCAGUGGGCGCAGGAGACCGGGGCCCGGGAGCCGGCAGCACUGGGCGGCCCCUCGCUCCCCGCCUCCCGCGCCCCGCGAUGGAUCAGAGGCUCUCGGAGUUGAUCGAGGACCUCACGACGUCGGGGGAGCCCCGGCUGGACCCCGAGAGGAUGAAGGAGCUGAAGAAGAUGUGCAAGUCCUCGGAGGAGCAGCUGAGCCGCGCCUACCACCUGCUGACGGCCCAGCUGAGGCAGGAGCACGCCGAGGUCCGCCUCUCCGCCUUCCAGGUCGCCGAGGAGCUCUUCGCCCGCUCCCACCUGUUCCGGCUGCUGGUCGUCUCCGACUUCCAGGGGUUCCUGGAGCUCACACUGGGCACCGACCCCCGGCAGCCCCUGCCGCCCCCCCGGGAGGCCGCCCAGAGGCUGAGGCAGGCUGCCGCCCGGGCUGUCCAGGGCUGGAGCGAGAAGUUUGGCGCGGCCUAUAAGAAGCUUGCCUUGGGCUACCACUUCCUGAGACACAGCCAGCAGGUGGAUUUUCAGGACGCGGACGCCAGGACGCUGGCGGAGAGAAAGCGAGAGGAGGAGAAGCAGAGGCGUUUAGACAGGAUCUACCGGGAAAGGGCCGAGCAGGCCGUGCGGGAGAUGGAGGAAAUGUCUGGGGACAUCCGGGGCUGCCUCACAGAGGUGGACAGCUGCUUCCAGCUGCUGGUGCCCUUCGACUUGGGGCUGCACCGGGGGGCCGUUGCGCCUGCCGUGGCCUCUGGGGCGCCCGAGGAGGGCCCGCCUCGCCUGGCCAGCGCCCCAGACCUCGGGGACGAGGAGCAGCCCUGCUGCAGCAAGAGCCUGCCUGCCUGUGCGCGCCGCCCAGUGGCCACCACGGGGGCCUCGGGCGACGAAGAGGACGAGGAGGACAGCGACCAGGAGGACUUUGUGCGGCGCCAUGGGCUGGGCUCCCACAAGUACACGCUGGACGUGGAGCUCUCAGGCAGCCUCAGGGUGCAGGAGGACGAGGACAACUGCGCUGUCAUCCAGUCGGCCCGGGACGCGCUCAAGCUCAUCCAGAACAAGUUCCUGCCGGCUGUGCGCACCUGGGUCCAGCUGUUCACCCGCGCAGGUGCACGUGGCCAGCACUUGGAGGCCGCCAUCGACUUGAAGGCUGAGCUGGAAACCGCCCUGCGGAGAUCCCAGGAGCUGGACAUUGAGGCCGAGGGGCCUCGCAGGAGGGAGACGGCGGCCCUGGGAGACGAGGACGAGGACGAGGACGAGGAUGAUGGCGACUUUGUGGAGGUCCCGGAGAAGGAGGGGUACGAGGCCUGUGUCCCUGAACACCUGUGGCCCGAGGACGGGUCAGAGAAAGACCUGGCUGCGCAGGGCUUGCUGGCGAGGAAGAGGAGGAGGACGGACGAGGAGGCGAGCGACCCCACCUGUGCUGCCGCCCAGCUCCACCGGCUCCGCGGCCACUUGCCCCCAGUCCCGUGCCCGAGCCCCAGGGCGCCGCUGGCACCGGAGGAAGCCGGGAGGCUGGCGGCAGAGCGGGCCCGGGCGCCCGUGGUGCCCUUCGGGGUGGACCUGUGCAACUGGGGCCAGGAGCAGCCUGCGGCCGGGAAGGUCCUCAAGGUGGAGUCUCAGCACCGCUUCUGGAAGCCCAGCGAGGUGGAUGAGGAGGUGGACAGCGCCGAGGUCUCAGAGGUGCUGCGGAGCCGCCACAUCACCUUCGCGGGGAGCUUCGAGCCCGUGCAGCACCGGUGCCGGGCCCCCAGGCCCGACGGCCGGCUGUGUGAGCGCCAGGACCGGCUGAAGUGCCCGUUCCAUGGCAAGAUCAUCCCCAGAGACGACACGGGGCGGCCCCUGCACCCGGAGGACAGGGCCCGGGAGCAGAGGCAGCAGCUGCAGAGGCAGGCCGGGCGCUCAGACUGGCAGGACCCCGAGUUCAUGAGGGAUGUGGAGGUGGCUACAGGGGUGGACCUUGGCUCGUCCAGGGCUGGCAGGAGAGGCAAAGGCAAGAAGAGGAGGCACCCCGGCCUCACCGACCUGAAGCAGCAGGCAGACACCGCCCGCACACGCAUCGCCAAGAAGGUCUUCGCUAAGGCGGCCGUGCAGAGGGUGGUCACAGCCAUGAACCAGAUGGACCGCAAGAAGCACGAGAAGUUUGCAAACCAGUUUAACUACGCGCUGAGUUAGGGGCCCCUGUGCUGUGGCCCCCUCUGCUCUCAGCUCCUCUCCCUCUGCCAGGGCCCCGGAGGGGAGAGCGGACAGGUCUGGGCAGUGGCCUCCGUCUCCAUGAUUGUGUGCAAUGUGAGGAAAUGGUGCAUCUUCUGAUUAAAAUGCUGAGGGUGUGGACGCGCCGUGGCCAUGGGGGCCACCACCAUCUGGGUUAUGGGUCGGGCCUUUCUAAGAGGCGCUGGGCGCACAGGGCUCACCUCGGGCAGCCGUGUCUCCAGCGGGCAUUUGGCAGGGCCCGCGCACUUCAUGGUGUGCUCAGGGGGGAAGGUCUGGCCAUGAAUUCUCUCCACGUGCACUUGUCUGGGAAUGUCUUCAUUUCUCCUUCACUUCUCAGUGUGGGAAUGUGCGUGUGGCCACCCCAGCCACCUCCCAGCCCUCUGCUGGGGUCAUCCGCUCAGGGACUCUAGGAAAAGCCCCACUUGUGUAAAUGCUGUUUUAAUGCAAACACAAAGGGAAGCGGGCACCCGCCCGUCGCACAGUGAGGGUCCAGUUCCCCCUGCCUUGGUGCUGGCUCCAUGAACCCACUGUGUGUGUUUCAAACACGACCUAGUUGAGUUACAGCUCGCGUGCCGUAACUCUCUCUAAGGCAUGCGUUCAGUGGCACCACGUGCUUCCAGUGCUGAACCGUCCCCCCACCCCCACCACGUAGUUGCAGAACUUCAUCCCCCUGAAAGGCAGCCGGUCCCCAGGAGUGGCCACUCCCCACCUCCAGUCCAGGCCCCUCGGAGCUACUGCCUGUCUGAAUUUCCCUGUUCUGGACCCUGCAUGGAAUGGAGCCCUGAUGGCCUGUCUGGCUCAGGACAGCGUGGCUGUCCGAGGUUCUCCCGUGUCCAGCCAAUGCCAGAAAGUCGCUCCCCUUUACUGCCCGCUUGCUCCAGCGUUUGGAGGUGCCUUUGUUUAUCCACUCGCUAGCAACGUGGAUAUUGGCACAUUUUGACUUGGGAAUAAUGCUGCUGGGAACAUCUGUGUGUUGUGUGGACACGUUUUCACUUCUCGUGGGCAUGUAACUAGGAGCGGAAUUGCUGGCUCACAGGGCGACUGUUUAGCCUUCUGUGGCACUGCUGACCUGCUUUCCCUGCGGCUGCACCUUGUACGUCUCCCCAGCUGUGAGGGUUCUGACUCCUCCACAUCCUCUGACACUUGUUAGCAUCUGUCUUUAACCACAGCCAUCCUCGUGGGUGAGUUUUGGUUUGCAUUUUCCUAGUGACUGGUGAUAUUGAGCAUUUAAAAAAAAAAUACUAUUUUAUUGAUUCCAGAGAGGGAGAGAAACAUCAAUGAUGAGAGAAUCACCGGCUGCCUCCUGCACGCC